AAUUCAUGUUUUACCUCCUUGUUUGUUGGAAAAUUUAAUAAGGUGGCAUUGACUUGGAAAAUCUCCUCUCCUUAACAACCCCCGCCACGCCUUCCUUUCUCCUCUCCUCUCCUCUUGAUUAUUUGACUAUUGCCACUCUCCACCCUCUUCACAGCAUCAACGAUGUCUCUCCUUAAUGAUCUCAUCAACAUCAAUCUCUCUGAUACUACUGAAAAGAUCAUUGCUGAAUACAUAUGGAUUGGUGGAUCUGGAAUGGACUUGAGGAGCAAAGCAAGGACUCUGCCAGGUCCCGUGACCGACCCUGCCAAACUUCCCAAAUGGAACUAUGAUGGUUCUAGCACAGGCCAGGCCCCUGGUGAAGACAGUGAGGUCAUUUUGUACCCACAAGCAAUAUUCAAGGAUCCGUUUAGAAAAGGAAACAACAUCUUGGUGAUGUGUGAUGCCUACACACCAGCUGGUGAGCCAAUUCCAACAAACAAGAGGUUCAAUGCUGCCAAGAUCUUUAGCAACCCUGCUAUUGCAGCUGAGGAGCCAUGGUAUGGAAUUGAACAAGAAUACACUCUUCUCCAGAAGGACACCAAUUGGCCUCUUGGAUGGCCAGUCGGUGGCUUCCCUGGUCCCCAGGGUCCAUACUACUGUGGAGUGGGGGCUGACAAAUCUUUUGGCCGUGAUAUUGUUGACUCCCACUACAAGGCAUGCUUGUAUGCUGGCAUCAACAUCAGUGGUAUCAAUGGUGAAGUCAUGCCUGGUCAGUGGGAAUUCCAAGUUGGUCCAGCCGUAGGAAUCUCUGCUGGUGAUGAAGUGUGGGUUGCUCGAUACAUUCUUGAGAGAAUUGCUGAAAUCGCUGGCGUCGUGGUUUCUUUUGACCCGAAACCAAUCCCGGGUGACUGGAAUGGUGCUGGUGCUCACACAAACUACAGCACCAAGUCGAUGAGAAAUGAUGGAGGGCUUGCCGUGAUCAAGAAGGCCAUCGAGAAGCUUGGUCUGCGCCACAAGGAACACAUAGCUGCCUACGGAGAGGGCAAUGAGAGAAGGCUGACAGGUCGCCAUGAGACUGCUGAUAUCAACACUUUCUCCUGGGGUGUUGCAAACAGGGGAGCAUCUGUCCGCGUUGGUCGUGAUACUGAGAAAGAUGGAAAAGGUUACUUUGAAGAUAGAAGGCCAGCAUCCAACAUGGAUCCCUAUGUUGUCACAUCAAUGAUAGCUGAAACUACCAUUACCUGGAAGCCAUAGAGAGGGAAUUGAGUAUUGGAAGAUGAUGGAUGACAACAAUUUCUAAAUUUCUCUCGAUCCAAGAAUAAUCAAUAACUCUAUUUGUUUUUCUCUGCUUUGGAUUGAUGGAUUGCUUUUCAUUCUGUUCCCAUUUUUCUUAUGGUUUCCUUUAAAUGCCAUUCUGAUGGCUGUUGAUCAGUUAUGAACAUAUCCACCUCCUGUUUAAUAAAAAGGUAGUUUAAUUA